UCAGUGUUCAUUACUUCCAGAAACCCAGAGUGCUUCCAGUUCUCUUUUCCAGGCUGCAGCACUGCUGCCUUUGCUGACAUCUCUCUCUCCCCUGUGUGUGACCUCCAGCCCUCAGGAGAACCCGUGACCCUUUCUGAGAAUGUGGCCAUUAUCUCUGAGGGAACCACAGGGCUCGUCACAUGGGAUGCUGCUCUGCAUCUCGCUGAGUGGGCAACAGAGAACCCCAAGGUUUUCACUAACAGGACAGUCUUGGAAUUAGGAAGUGGAGUCGGCUUCACUGGACUGGUGAUCUGCAAAACCUGCAACCCCAAGACAUACAUAUUCAGUGAUUACCACCACUGUGUUCUCAAACAGCUGACAGAAAACAUCCGUUUGAAUGGCUUUACCCUGGAGCCUGAAACUACGAAUCCAGCCCAAGGGCAGGAGGCAGAAGGGCAGAAAUACCAACAGCCCAAACUCAUUGUUGCAGAGCUCGACUGGGGUUCAGUUACAGAAAAGCAACUGCUGGCUCUGCAAGCAGAUGUCAUCAUUGCAGCAGAUGUGGUGUAUGAUCCAGAGGUAACCUUCUCCCUUAUUGGCAUGCUACAGAAGUUCUCCACUUUAAGAGCAGAUAGAAAACCUGAGGUCUAUAUUGCCUUGACAGUCCGUAACGCAGACACUUACCACGUGUUCCAGGCUGAACUUGACAAAGCUGGGAUCAGAUGGCAGAUCAUUCCAGCCCACAGCAGUAGUAUUUUUCUCCAUGACACACAGCCCAACGUGACUAUCCUGCAACUAUUCAUAUAGAUUUGGUAAAUACAACACAGGAUUUCAGAGGAGCAGGAACUAUCUUAUCCUUGCUACAGGACUGUCUUAAAUUCUAGAAACAUCUGAGAGGCAUGCACCAAGAAUACCCUUCUGCACGUACCUCAUGUGCACGAGCUGUUGUCAAGAUGAGUUAUGUUUCUUCCUGCAGUUGCCAGCAUGCGUGCAGGCGAGCAGCUGCGCCUUAGAAGCAUCUGUGCACCACAAGCUGUACAGAAAAACGCCCUAAUUGUGAUGCACUUUGAUUCUGUAGAACCGAAUUCAAUUAUUUAAAUGCAGUUUUGAUUUGUAAACAACACAGACUCGCCCUGUGCUCCUGCAGGUGUGCAUCUCAUACUGACAGAGGAGUAGAACAGUGUUUUAUAAUAAACGUUUUUAAUACUAAAACCAGCUGUAAUUGAUGUCAGCUUUUUUGGUAUGU